AUGGGCUUCCGGAAGAUCCGGAAGCGCCUGCACUUCCAGAAGCGCCCUCUAAGCGUGCGGGCGACGCUCCUGGCCAUCUUAGUCCUGUCCCUUUACGGCCUCACAUUCCUGGGCGACCGACCUCCAAAACUGGUGUCCACUGAGGAGGCGGAUCGGCGCCGCGAGUUUGGAUCGCAGGUGGCGCGCGACGUGGCGGUGUGGAUGGUCUUAGCAUUUGCCACGGCUCAGACGGACUUGGGGCCAUAUCUGAUCUAUGCAGGUGGAUUUUCAGUGGCUUUUGCCGUGUGCUAUCAGAUCUACUUGGCGAAGAAACCCUGA